CUCACUUUCUCAAAUUCCCAUAGAACAGAGCUGAGAAUUUCCGAAUGCCAAUACUGCCAAUUUAAAAAGCAAUAGCUACGCACAAACGCAGCUUCAACCAUAGAACAAAAGCAAGAGCCCUUCCCAAAAUCAAAAACCAUGAAGAAUCUCUAUAAGAAAGGCAAAGUUCACCCAUCGACGCCGUCCGUCUCCCACCACUUAUCGCUGCUUCCGACAACAAUUCUCACUCUCGCAGCUGCUCUCUCAGAUGAGGACAAACAAGUUUUAGCCUACCUUAUCUCCUGCUGCGGAACCUCCAACCCUAAAUCUACCAGCUUCACCGGUCAACGGAAAACUACUCUUCCCACUGGCGAUGAUCAUUAUGGCGAUGACGGCGGCGGGAACCAUGAUCCAUUGUUUGAAUGUAAUUGUUUUAGUUGUUACAUGAGUUUUUGGGCGCUUUGGGACACUUCACCUAACCGUCAACUGAUACACGAGAUCAUUGAAGCUUAUGAAGAAGAGUUGUUUCAGAAAAAGAAGAAGAGCCUGAAGAAGAAGAAGAAGGAGAAAAGUAAGCGAGUUCGCCAUGAGUCAAAAGAGAAUUUUGAAGAGAAGGCGUUGCAGGAAGAGUUGGAAUCGGUGGAGAAGAAUUCCUCCGGUGAGAUUGAAGCUGUUCAGCCGGAAGCCGAGAAAGGUACGGUGAGGAAGAUUGCAAGCUUCAUUGGAGAGAAAUUUUGGGAAAUUUGGAGCAGGGGUUAAUUAAUUUCUUUCCUUUUUUUUUUCUCUUUCUCUGCAAAUUGGAGACGAGUUUCUUCCUUUUCUUUUUCCCUUGUUUUUUUUUUGAACAAUUACUAGUCAUUAAUUUUCUUAAUGGAAAUUACCAUCGAAUUCCAUGGA